UAUUGUUCUCGCUACAUUUUUACGCGUGGUUCCAGCCACGAGAGACUCUGAGCAAAAUUAUCACAUUUUUAAAGCUUCUCAGGCGAAAAAUGUGAAUUUAAAUCAAUAUUUAACACCACACAGCUCGAAGUACGUAUAUAACAGGUUGCUCACCUACCGCCAACCAGUGUACAACCAUGAACAAAACCAAGGAAAAGGCGAAAAAGGCAUCCAAAAACCUUCGUAAUGUUUUAGCUCAACCUUUGACGAUUAAUUGGCCCCGCAUACCGGAUAGUGAAGUAAAACGAUGCUCACGAUUCCUGCAAGAGGUGGAACGUAAACACAUCGUCAGCGGAUGUAACGGCGUCAUUCGAUUGCUCCAGAGGGGGCAAGUGCUAGCCUGCUUCAUACUCGACACCUUUAACCCGAAAGUAUUUGGCAAGCUAAUCAUCCAGAUGGCACGAAAGCGUAACCCUUCCGUACUGGUGCUGGCCGUGCCUUCCUUCCCGGUGGACUGCGGCCGAAACAGUACCUUUAUGGCUGUAACGAAGCUCAAAGAAAACGAACAAUCCGACGCGGUUCAAGCGUUGCUAGGCUGGAUGAAGGAUGUGUCGCUACGCAACGGAUUUAUAACGCAGAAGCAGGCCGAUGGUUCCACGAUACGGCGGAAGAAAAUGAAACCACCGCUGGCGAAGAAAAGCGCCAUCAAUGUGCCUAUGACCGAUGAGGAGGUGGCAAAGUUUUACGUCUACGGACCGGUGGAUGAGAAUAAGCAAGCCAUGAAGCGUUUUGCUCAGGACACGGAAGAUUUUAUUUCCUUUUCCGAUACGAAGAGUGAUGUGAGUGUGUCUCGCGACAAAUAUCAACAGCCAGUACAGCCGCGCACGAAAAAGUUCAAACCGGUCAAGAGUACGUACGUCCCCCUGAAGGUGAACCGCGUGCAGGGCAACCCCAAUCGUGUCGAGCACAAGAAGACCAAACAAAAGAAGAAGAAAUCAAAAAAAUAAUAAACAAAA